AUGGCUGUACAACUUGAGACAGAUAGUGGUACUAUCUCACCCACACGUGCGCUGAUCAACGGCUGUGUGACUCUCCUUUUGUCCUACUGGGCUGUUAUCUUACCAGCUCUAUUCGCUACUCGCUUGUUGUACAAGCGAUAUGCUUCACCUCUUCGAAAAUACCCGGGACCAUGGUUGGCUUCGGUGUCGCGGCUCUGGAAGGUUUUGUCGACGGCCUCAACUCGAACGCACCUAGAUCACAUCGCGUUGCAUAAGAAGUAUGGCCCAAUUGUGCGAAUUGCCCCCGACGAAGUAUCUGUUUCGUCGCCUGAGGCCGCUCGACUGCUGCUGAGUGCGGGCAAGCGUUUUUAUAAGACCGACUUUUAUGGAGUCUUCCCUCCGCCUGAGAACCCGGACAUCUUCACAGAGGUUCGCGAGGAUGUGCAUGCGCAAAAGAAGAAAGUCGCCAAUGUCCCCUACAGCAUGGCUGCCAUGCAGCAGCUGUCGCCUUUUAUCGAUGACACCAUUGAGGUUCUGAUGCACAAGCUUGAUGGGAUUGCGAAUGCAAGCCAAGGUAUUCAAGAUUUUGCCAAAGGCCCCGUUCUCGACCUUGGUAACUGGCUGCACUGGUUUGCGUUCGAUGUGCUUGGUGAGGUCGCAUUUAGCCGGAGCUUUGGCUUUUUGGAUCAGGGGCGGGAUGUCGACAAUGCAAUCAAGACGAUCGACGACUCUCAGCGAUACAAUGGUAUUGUUGGACAGGUUCCGUUUAUGGAUCACCUUUUGCGGAGGAAUCCUUUGUGGAAGUUGAUUCCUAGCCUAGACACCAAGAAUGCCCUCAUCACGCGUAUGGCACUCGAGGAGCUGGGGCGGAGAAAGCCAUUUGAUAAGGAAAGCGAGGGCAAGUGGAGGGGUGGGGACGGCAGGCAAGAUCUGCUGGCCAGUUUAAUCAAGGGUCAUCUAAAAGACCCCGAGCGGUUCCGCGAGGGUGACGUUUUUGCUGUAGCCCAUGGAGCUAUCUUUGCCGGAUCCGACUCAACAGCCUCAACGAUGCAGUCCUUCUUCUGGCACGUUCUUGCCGAUGCUCGCGUGUAUGCUUCCCUUCAAGAUGAGAUCCAGUCCGCCGUCAAAUCGGGAACGAUCCCUCCCACGGGGAAUAUCUCAUGGAAUGAAUCGCAGCAGUUGCCAUACUUCCAGGCAUGCCUUAAGGAGGCCAUGCGCGUGCGGCCUGCAGUCGGCCUGAACAUCACCCGACGCGUGCCUCCUGAGGGCGCCGAAGUUGAUGGCCAGUUCUUCCCGGGAGGCGUGAGCAUUGCGGUUAAUGGUUGGGUGCUUCAUCGGGAUCGCCCAACUUUUGGAAAUGACGCAGACGUGUAUCGCCCAGAGAGAUGGCUUCAAGAUCCGGAGGAGGCGAAGAGAAUGGAGAGAUAUAUGUUCCAGGUAAAUCAAUACCAGAAUAACAAUUUCGUGUUUUCGGGCUAA